AGGGGCGGGGCCGCGUCCGCUGCAGCAACAGGGUGCGGCCGGGUGGGGGGCGCAAGCGCAGCUUCCCGUUAGCCGGGCGUCCGGGCUGCCCCCUGCCUCACCCCAGGUCUCUGCGCGUCUCCGCGCUUCCCGAGACCCCGGCAGGGUCGCUGCCCGCGCACUACCCGAAGCUGCGGCCUCAACCAUGUUUUUCACUUGUGGCCCAAAUGAGGCCAUGGUGGUCUCCGGGUUCUGCAGGAGCCCCCCAGUCAUGGUGGCUGGAGGCCGAGUUUUUGUCCUGCCCUGCAUCCAACAAAUCCAGAGGAUCUCUCUCAACACACUGACCCUCAAUGUCAAGAGUGAAAAGGUUUAUACCCGCCAUGGGGUCCCCAUCUCAGUCACGGGCAUUGCCCAGGUGAAGAUCCAGGGCCAGAACAAAGAGAUGUUGGCAGCCGCCUGCCAGAUGUUCCUGGGGAAGACAGAGGCGGAGAUUGCCCACAUUGCCCUGGAGACACUGGAGGGCCACCAGAGGGCUAUCAUGGCCCACAUGACUGUGGAGGAGAUCUAUAAGGACAGACAGAAAUUCUCAGAGCAAGUUUUCAAAGUGGCCUCCUCAGACCUGGUCAACAUGGGUAUCAGCGUGGUUAGCUACACCUUGAAGGACAUUCAUGAUGACCAGGACUACUUGCACUCUUUGGGAAAGGCUCGCACCGCACAAGUUCAGAAAGAUGCUCGGAUUGGGGAAGCAGAGGCCAAAAGAGAUGCCGGGAUACGGGAGGCGAAGGCCAAGCAGGAGAAGGUGUCUGCACAGUGCCUUAGUGAAAUAGAGAUGGCCAAGGCACAGAGAGACUAUGAGCUGAAGAAGGCUACCUACGACAUCGAGGUCAACACCCGCCGAGCACAGGCUGACCUGGCCUAUCAGCUGCAGGUGGCCAAAACCAAGCAGCAGAUCGAGGAGCAGCGGGUGCAGGUGCAGGUGGUGGAGCGCGCCCAGCAGGUGGCGGUGCAGGAGCAGGAGAUCGCCCGGCGCGAAAAAGAGCUGGAGGCCCGCGUGCGCAAACCUGCGGAGGCUGAGCGCUACAGGCUGGAGCGCCUCGCGGAAGCAGAGAAGGCCCAGCUGAUCAUGCAGGCCGAGGCCGAAGCUGAGUCUGUGCGGAUGCGCGGGGAAGCUGAGGCCUUUGCCAUAGAGGCCCGCGCUCGUGCGGAAGCCGAGCAAAUGGCUAAGAAGGCAGAAGCCUUCCAGAUGUACCAGGAGGCCGCCCAGCUGGACAUGCUGCUGGAGAAACUGCCCCAGGUGGCCGAAGAGAUCAGUGGUCCCCUGACCUCAGCCAAAAAGAUCACACUGGUGUCCAGCGGAAGUGGAACCAUGGGGGCAGCCAAAGUGACUGGGGAAGUACUGGACAUUCUAAGCCGCCUGCCAGAGAGUGUGGAGAAACUCACGGGCAUCAGCAUCUCCCAGGUGAUGGUGAAUGCCGUGUGUGUGUGUGUGUGUACAGGUGUGUGUACCUGUGUCAUGUGAUACAGUGCUUGAUGGGCAUCCAGGAGCCCAGGAAGUCACAGACAGUGACUUGGGGUCAAGUCACCCUGCUGAGGACCCAAAUUCAGUCCCCAGAACCCAUGUCAGGUCCUUGCUUGGCAAGUUCUAGGCCAGUGAGAGACCUGAAAACAGAAUGGUGCUUGAGGAACAACAGCCACCGAUAUCUUUUGCCUUUCACACACAAGUACACAUACAAAAGAACGACCUCCAAUAUGUUAACGUAGCUUCCCACGGCUGGGAAGCAGAGCUUCAGCCAGGCUAGUUAAUCUUCAUAGUCUGUGUGCCUGAGCACCUGAGGAGAACAAAGGAUCAGCUGCCACCUGGUGAUAAUUCACUUCAUGGCAAAGGUGAGAAUGAUGUAAAUCACAGCCCCCUUGCUGGGGUGUCGGGUGGGGGGGGGGGACUGUUUAGAGUGCUUAGGGCACUGUUGUGUGUGCCACAGAGAUGUGGAGCUGGGUGUAGUGGUAUAAACCUUUAAUCUCAGCAUGCAGGGGGCAGAAGCAGGCUGAGCUGUGAGUCUGAGACCAUCUGGGGCCACAUAG